CUUCCUCAUCACCAUCAUCAUCCUCGAUCGUCGCCAUUCCCAUCCUUUAAAUACCCUCUUCCUCAAAUCAUCCGUUCCCGUGAUACCAUCCGUGCCCGAUUGUCGCUCUCGGGAAUAGAAGCCGAAGCGCUCCACGACACACCACAAACCAUCAGGGCUCGAACGAGGCUCCUUUUUCGUCCGAGCUUCGUCUUUUCACUCUUACAUCCCUCUCCUCCAUCUCCAACAAUUUUUUCCGCCAGUUGGUUUUGAGGGUCCCCGAAAUCGUGUACUCGUGCCGGCCCACAACCUCGGCAUCGCGCACCAGACAAACGCCAACCCACCAUCGCCACCCAUCACCAGCUUCAUCUCCUCCCCCGCCAGAAUGGCCACCACAGACUCCAUCCUCCAGGGCGUCACCGUCCUCGGCAAGGUCGACGAGGCGCACCGCAAGAUCCUGACCCCGCAGGCCCUCGCCUUCCUCGCCCUGCUGCACCGCUCCUUCAACGCCACCCGCAAGAACCUGCUCGAGCGCCGCAAGCUGCGCCAGGCCGAGCUCGACCGCGGCGUCCUCCCCGACUUCCUCCCCGAGACGCGCCAUGUCCGCGAGAACCCCACCUGGAGGGGCGCCGUCCCCGCCCCGGGCCUGGUCGACCGCCGCGUCGAGAUCACGGGCCCGACCGACCGCAAGAUGGUGGUCAACGCGCUCAACUCGGAUGUCUUUACCUACAUGGCCGACUUUGAGGACUCCUCCGCCCCCACCUGGGAGAACAUGAUCAACGGCCAGGUCAACCUCUACGACGCCAACCGCCGCCAGGUCGACUUCAAGCAGGGCCAAAAGGAGUACAAGCUGCGCACCGACCAGCGCCUGCCGACGCUCAUCGUCCGCCCCCGCGGCUGGCACCUCGAGGAGAAGCACCUCAUCGUCGACGGCGAGCCCAUCUCGGGCAGCCUCUUCGACUUUGGCCUCUACUUCUUCCACAACGCCUUCGAGACGCAGCGCCGCGGCUUCGGCCCCUACUUUUACCUGCCCAAGAUGGAGAGCCACCUCGAGGCCCGCCUGUGGAACGAGGCCUUCAACCUCGCCCAGGACUACAUCGGCAUGCCGCGCGGCACCAUCCGCGGCACCGUCCUCAUCGAGACCAUCCUCGCCGCCUUUGAGAUGGACGAGAUCAUCUACGAGCUGCGCGACCACUCGUCGGGCCUCAACUGCGGCCGCUGGGACUACAUCUUCAGCACCAUCAAGAAGUUCCGCAACAACCCCAACUUUGUCCUGCCCGACCGCUCCUGCGUCACCAUGACGGUCCCCUUCAUGGACGCCUACGUCAAGCUGCUCAUCCAGACCUGCCACAAGCGCGGCGUCCACGCCAUGGGCGGAAUGGCCGCGCAGAUCCCCAUCAAGGACGACAAGCAGGCCAACGACAAGGCCAUGGACAACGUCCGCGCCGACAAGCUCCGCGAGGUCCGCGCCGGCCACGACGGCACCUGGGUCGCCCACCCCGCCCUCGCCUCCAUCGCCCUCGACGUCUUCAACAAGCACAUGCCCACCCCCAACCAGCACUUUGUCCGCCGCGAGGACGUCAAGAUUGGCCAAAACGACCUGCUCAACAUGAACGUCCCCGGCAGCAUCACCGAGGAGGGCAUCCGCAAGAACCUCAACAUUGGCCUCGGCUACAUGGAGGCCUGGAUCCGCGGCGUCGGCUGCGUCCCCAUCAACUUUCUCAUGGAGGACGCCGCCACCGCAGAGGUCUCCCGCAGCCAGCUCUGGCAGUGGGUCAAGCACGGCGUCUACACCGCCGAGGGCAAGCGCGUCGACAAGGCCUACGCCCUCAAGCUCCUCAAGGAGUCGGCCGACGCCCUGUCCGCCAAGGCCGGCAAGGGCAACAAGUACCACCUCGCCGCCCAGUACUUUGCCGGCCAGGUCACCGGCGAGGACUACGCCGACUUUUUGACGACCCUCCUGUACGACGAAAUUACUGCCCCUGGCUCCCCCAGCCCGGCGUCCAAGCUGUAGGCGCGGAGACUCGUGCUCGAUAGGCGCAAGAGAGUUGUAGUCGCGGAGGAACAAAGGCAAGCAUGAGGCCGCUCGUUGCGUGUUUCUGCCCGUGUCAUGGUUUCGGCAAAUCCUGGUGUAUUUGUGUCAGCUUUUUGUCCCCCUCCCCCAUCACUCCGAUCGGAGAAUAACAACGCAACACUUGGUUCAUUAACAAAAGGGGGGGCGUAGGCCGAGCCCGCCGGGCUGGGUCUGUGGAUGUGUGUGAGAGACAAGAGGGAGAAUGCGUGUGUAUGGUUUUUCUGUAGAUAUGCAGUGCAGACGACGGGUUGCAGGGUAUGCCAUGCCACCCAAUCGCGUUCCUUGUAACAAGACUCAAA